CCUGCCACAAAGAGGCUGAAGUUCAAGCGAGGCUGCGGCAGCCCCGGGCAGGAGGGGCUCCGGGGGCGGAACACCGAGCCCUGCCCUGGCAUCGGGAACGCCGGACCGGGCCUGGGAGGCAGCACGGCACGGGGCCAGGCUGUGAUAAAUCUCCGAGAGACCGAAGGGAGGACUCCGCAGAUCCCCCCCGCUAUCUCCGUGACCAGCCGGGCACACAAAGCGGGUCCGCUGCGGGCUGCGGUCACUGAUACAGCCCGGACACCCCCAGCUCAGCGGGAUGUCACAGCUCCUAGGGACGGGCUGCCCUGAGAACCUGUGGUGAAAGCAGGCUGAGGACGGAAGAAAGAAGCCGAGGAGACAGGAUAUUAAAAAGUUCUUUGCAGAAGAAUACUUGACCAGAACUAGAGGAUCAUGAUGACGAGAUUCAUCUGUUUACUGCUAAUAGCUGCUAUGGGAGCUACUGCAAGCAAAACAGAAGAAUUUGGAGCCAAUGAUGAGGAAGCAGAACAAGAAUUCAUUUAUACGAACAGAUACAAACGUUCCAGUGACACCCAGGAUAAAUGCACUUACACCUUUAUUGUACCUCAGCAGAGAGUAACAGGUGCUAUUUGUGUUAAUUCUAAGGAGCCUGAAGUUCUACUCGAAAACAGGGUAAAUAAACAAGAAUUACAGUUACUUAACAAUGAACUUAUUAAACAAAAGAGACAAAUAGAAACUCUCCAGCAACUGGUAGAGGUGGAUGGUGGGAUUGUAAAUGAGGUUAAACUCUUAAGAAAAGAGAGCAGAAACAUGAAUUCUCGUGUCACACAACUCUAUAUGCAGUUACUACAUGAAAUUAUCCGGAAACGUGAUAAUGCCUUAGAACUUUCUCAACUUGAGAAUAAGAUUUUGAACCAAACUGCAGAUAUGUUGCAGCUUGCAAACAAAUACAAGGACUUAGAGCACAAGUACCAACAUUUGAUGUCAAUUGCCAAUAAUCAGUCAAUAAUAAUUGCCCAACUGGAAGAACAUUGUCAAAGAAUGCCAUCCAUAAAGCCACUGCCACAAACUCCACAGCCACCAAAUAAAGCAUACCAGCCUCCUACUUACAAUCGUAUUAUUAACCAGAUAUCUACUAAUGAGAUUCAGAGUGAUCAGAACUUAAAGGCUUUGCCACCUACCCUACCAACCAUGCCUGCAGGUACUAGUAUUCCAACUUCAACUGAUAAACCAUCUGGUCCCUGGAGAGACUGUCUACAAGCAUUAGAAGAUGGCCAUGAUACAAGCUCCAUCUACCUUGUAAAACCAGAAAACACAAACAGGCUCAUGCAGGUCUGGUGUGACCAACGUCACGACCCUGGUGGCUGGACAGUUAUCCAGAGACGGCUGGAUGGGUCUGUCAACUUUUUCAGGAACUGGGAGACAUACAAGCAAGGAUUUGGUAAUAUAGAUGGAGAAUAUUGGCUCGGAUUAGAAAAUAUUUAUUGGUUAACAAAUCAAGGCAACUACAAACUGCUCAUAACAAUGGAAGACUGGUCAGGGCGAAAAGUAUUUGCUGAGUAUGCUAGCUUCAGAGUGGAGCCAGAAAGUGAGUAUUACAAGUUGAGACUGGGACGCUACAAUGGCAAUGCAGGAGAUUCCUUCACUUGGCACAAUGGUAAACAAUUCACCACACUGGACCGGGACCACGAUGUAUACACAGGUAACUGUGCUCAUUACCAGAAGGGAGGAUGGUGGUACAAUGCAUGUGCUCAUUCAAACCUUAAUGGGGUUUGGUACCGUGGAGGACACUACCGCAGCCGCUACCAAGAUGGGGUUUACUGGGCUGAAUUCCGUGGGGGUUCAUAUUCACUAAAGAAAGUUGUUAUGAUGAUAAGACCUAACCCAAACACAUUCCAUUGAAAUAAUUCUUCCUUAGUUUAGUUUCUUGUUCUAAAAAUCAUGUAAAGCUAUGAUAUUGGUACCGGGAAUCAUCUUCUCAGAAAUGAGGAAUGUAAGAUAUUGUAUAUUUACUGCUAAGAUGUGAGGGCCUGCAUAUUGUGUUUUCAAAAAAUCAUUCCAGGUGGAAAAAAAAAAAAAAAAGAAAAAGAAAAAAAAAGGAACUGAAAUGACAUAAUACUCAGAACACCUCAGUACUAGAAGUAGUUGUAUGAAGCCUUUAUAACUGGCAGUUUAGAUGGACUGUAGAUAAACUUUCUGGUUUUUAUUCCCUGUAAAUUAAGUUUGAAAGGUAAAAAUACUGCCACUACAUUUAAAUAUUUUUGUAUGCUACUUUAUGUAUAAAUAUUCUCAAAUAUAGGAAAUAUUACAAACUGUACAGCAAAAGUUUUAUUAUUAUUAUUAUUAUGAGCAAUAAUUUGACACAGGAAAACAUAUCCUUUGAACUGUGUAGCUGGUAUAUGUACAUUAGUGUGAUUAUUCUAAUUUAAUCUUUGUUAACUGCCAUGAAUUAAGUUAAUACAAUAUCAUUUGAUUUGAGAGCAGAUAGUGAAACCAUUACUGUCAUGAUAAAUCUAAUCUCUCCCCUUUACUUUGAGCAUUUUAAUAAUCUGCUCCUAUAAAUCAGAAUUCACAUUUGAUUCAAAUAUUUUAAAUUAAAAACACUAAUGAUUUUUCUUAAAAAAUUAACUAUGUACCUGCAUAUGGAAAUUUAUCCAGAUUUACAGCAGAUGUGCUGUAUAGCCCACAAGGUUAUCCUUCACAUUUCUCUCAGUAUUUUGUACCUGAUUUCAGUCAUAACCUGCUGUGUAGCCUCUAAUCAGAACUGGCUGGAUAUAAAUUAAAGGGACUAUCCAAAUUUGCAGGCAAAUGAUGGAUACAGAUACAUAAGCUAUUUACUGUCCUUAGCCAGUAGAUGAAAAUUAUGUAAAGAUGUUACUUGUAGCCAGGAGAAGUUAUAUUUACCAUAUUUCACAAUUAUAACAUAGUACUGUCAAAUUAUUAAAUAGAUUUACUUGUCUGUAUUUAGAGGUCAGUCACAACUAUGAAACACUGACUAGGAGAAUUCCAAUAUUAUUCUGAAGUAAGUUUCUAGAGCAGAUUUUUUGAUACCCACUUCAAAACAGCAACUUCCAUGAAAAAUAAAGUUAAAGGCUGCAUAAAAGAGGCAGAACAAAAGCCUCUAGAAGUUAGUUUUAUUUUUCAGUAAGCCCUUAACAUCCUUGGUGUGCGUCUGUGUGCGUGUACCUGCAUAUUUUUCCCUUAUUACCUCACCACUUCUUUACAACAGUAUGAUGUGCAUUAAACUGAUUUGUCAUGUAGCAUGUGUUGUAUAUAACUGAAAGUAGGGGUUUUAAUAUAUUAGAUUAGUCCUGUAAUAUUGUAAUCUUUUAAUAAAGCAAUAAAUGUUAUUUUG